CUCUCAUUUCUUUUAUAGUGUCAUGGUUGUUGCAUUUUUGAAUUAUUUCUCAUAUCCCAAAUCAAGUUUGACUCGAUGACCUCCGCAACAAUGGCUGUGGUGGAGCGCCAUAUUCAAGAUGAGAGCCUGGCCAAAUAUCUAGAGCCGCAUUUUGGUUAUCCGAGCCGGACCAGGCCCUGUGUCAACGAUCCGGGCAGCUGCGACUAUCUAGACAACGUGUAUUGGAUGCACGAUGUCUCAAUGCUGUACUCAUACAUUAUGUGGGGAGUCAUUCUUGGUAUUCUCGCCGUCUGGGCCAUGCUCAGACUGAUAAAUCCGAGCCGUAGAGCAAGUGUGCCAAAAGCAGAGUUGGAAACACAAGCAACGGCGUAUCCUCGAGGCGCAUAUUAUAGAGCAUGGCGAUCAGUGGCUGCAACGAGGCAGCGGUACCUGCUUCCCGAGUCUUUUGCUUCCAUCUUUGGCCGUGUUACACGGAUACAAGUUCUGAUCUUAGCCAUUAUGUCGGGAUAUCUGCUGGUCUUCUCGCUCGUCGCGAUUGUCUAUAAAACAUAUAUUACUCCGGUGAAGGGCACAAAUCUGCUCAAUACAAGGACUGGCAUGGGCGGAUUCUCUGACCGCAUUGGAAUUUUGGCAUAUGCCCUGACACCCCUCAGCGUCCUUCUCUCUAGUAGAGAAAGCAUCCUCUCCGUCGUCACUGGAAUCUCGUAUCAGCAUUUCAAUUUCCUCCACCGCUGGGUCGGGCGAAUAAUAUUCGUCCAGUCUUUCCUGCACACGCUGGUGUGGACCAUUGUGGAAGGUAAAUUAUACCAACCCCAACCGUCAGUCUAUCGAACAUUCAUCGCCCAACCCUAUAUAAUAUGGGGCUGCUUCGCCAUGCUUUUUAUUACCUUUCUCUACGUCUUUAGUCUCCGCCGCGUCAUCCAAUGGACCGGCUACGAAUUCUUCAAAAAAUCCCAUUACAUUGUCGCCUCUCUCUACAUCGGCGCAUGCUGGGGCCAUUGGGACAAGCUCUACUUCUGGAUGCUGGCAUCCCUCAUCGUAGUCCUUCUCGACCUCGGCAUACGCAUCCUCGGCAUCGGCCUUAACCACAUAGGCUACACUAAAUCCGGUUCCAUAGGCUUCACCCCCGCCCCCGCCGCGCUCCGCGCCUUCGGUACCGGUCCUGACACCGUCAUCCGCAUCGACUUCUCCCACCCCUCCCCCGCCUGGAAACCCGGUCAACACUUCUACCUCUGCUUCCCCGCCCUCUCCAUCUGGCAAAGCCACCCUUUCACACCCUCCUCUCUUUCCCCUGCCGCCGGAACCACACCUCAUCACACCUACAUUGUCCGCGCCCUGUCUGGUGAGACAACGCGCCUCGCAACACUUGCCUGCGAAAUUGAAGGCGCGACUACUCCUGUCAUCCUCACAGGCCCGUAUGGCGCGCGCGUCGCACUUGAGACUCCGAAUCUCCUCGCUGUGGCGGGAGGGACGGGAAUUUCCUUCGCGCUGCCGCUUGUGAUAGAAGCAGCAGGGAGUGAGAAGCAUAAGGCUGGGUUGGUGCAGCUCGUGUGGGUUGUGCGAGGGGCGAGGGAUUUGGCGUGGGUUAAGGAAGAAAUGGGGGUGUUGAGGGCGAGGGCUGCAGAGGGGAGGGUUGAGGUGAAGGUUUUUGUUACGAGGGAGGCCGGUCCGAUGGAGGGUGAGGUUGAGGAGGAUGGAGUCGUUGUGGUUGAGGCAAAGGUUGGUGAGAAAUUAGAGGCUGUGGUUGACGUGAAGGAUGAGAACACCAAGACGGAGGUCUCGGUGCUGGACUUGGCCCUGGCGGAGGAAAGUCGUGGGUUCUCGGUCACAUACUUGGGCGGUGCACAUCCCGAUCUUAGCGCUGUCGUGCAAGACUACAUAGAGCGUAGCCCGGCGUCUGGGGGGAGGAUACAAGUCAUGGCCAGCGGUCCCGCGGGUAUUGGAAGUACGCUGAGGAGCGUGGUGGCGAAGUGUAAUGACGGAGGAAAGGUGGGGAGGGGAGAAGAGAAGUCAGAUGUGGGGCUAUAUUGGGAUGAUAGGUUUUUAUAGGGAUACGUUAGAUUAUGGGCACUAGAAUAAGCAGAUAUACGAAGCACAUGCAUUGAACAGACACAAGAUGGG